AUUUCACAAAGUUGUCAGACCAUAUAAUGCAGUCUUUGCUAGAUGCUUUGCAUGAGGAGCCUAUGACGGAUAUAUCUGCAGUCAUGUUGAGUACAUUGAACAAUUGCCUGCAGAUCAGUCCACUUCUCAAUGAAGGUCAGCUUCGUAGAAUAGUGACUGAGGUAAGGCAUGUCAUUACAGAAAGUUCAAACAGAAAACGAAAAUUCAAAGAGAGAGCUAAAUCAGAAGACUUUGAUGCUGAGGAGGGAAAAAUGGCAAGAAGAUCAUAUUUUGUGGCAGCUUUGUCGAAUAUUAAAAACAUUGAUCAAAAUGGUGAAGGCAGCAUUCUUGCCUUUCUUUGACGAGCUGGCAUCAUUUCUGAUUCCUUUGUGGGGCAAAGAUAAAACAGCUCAAGAGAGAUGUGCACCAACUGUUAUCUUUGCUAGCCUAGUGAGGGAGUGCCCUGAAGCGGCUCUAAAGUACUGUGAUAUAUUUCUACCUUUGUUUUUGGAUGCAAGCAAUGACGAAAAUCCAAGAGUUAGACAGAAUGCUCUUUAUGGGCUUGGGCUUUAUGCGGAAUAUGGUAGUUCUGUUUUCAAACCUGUUGUUAAAGAGGUUAUUUCAAGGAUCAAUGUAGUGAUAAUGCAUUUAUGCGCUCGUGAACCUGAGAAUGAAUGUGCAUAUGAUAAUGCUGUUUCUGCACUGGGUAAAAUAUGUCAGUUCCAUCGGGAAAGUAUCAACUCGGCCCAGAUUAUUCCGGUUUGGUUGAAUUGCCUGCCUAUAAAGGGUGACCUGGCUGAAGCCAAAUAUGUUCAUGGCGAAUUAUGUUCGAUGGUUGAAAGGUCAGAUAUAGAACUUAUUGGUCCCAGCUAUCAAUACAUUCCAAAAAUUAUUUCGGUUUUUGCAGAGGUUCUAUGUUCUGAAAAAGAUCUUGCUACAGAAGAAACCAAAAAUCGCAUCAUUAAUAUAUUAAGGCAGCUUCAGCAAACUCUACCAUCAGCCACCUUGGAAUCAGCAUUGACAUAUCUUGUACCUCGGCAGGAGAUGGAGUUGAAAUCAAUUCUAUCACCUGAAGAGGAUGCUGGCUUUUAAUCAGUACAGUGAAACUACUAGUCCGAGGAUCAAACAUCUGAUGCUCAAUAUUCCUGUAAAAAUCAAUUAUUUGGAGUGAAGCUCUAUAUUUGCCUACUUAAAGGGGAACACUUGGAAACAUGAACGGUGGAAACUUGUGUGUCUGUGUGUUUAUGUGUAACAUGUGUAUAACAAAGCAAGUCCUUUCCUCAAUAAGGAAAUAGGUGUAAGUUAUAGCUUGUGAGAGUCUGUUACUUAGAUAGCUUUGGUGGUACCCUACCACUGCCCUAGAAUCUUCUCUUUUCUAAAAGGGAUUAUUUUUAUCAAUAGUUUAUAUAUAAAUUAUUUUUGCCCUAUU